GUUUCCGAUUUCGUCAAGACAUCACCAACAUUUAGACAAGUACGAGCUGAACUUUGGCUUUCUCUCAGCUUCAGUUGCUGUUUCAUCCACAUACAAAAUGUCUCGGUCGAGGAACACCAUUAUUGCGAGUGUUUCGUGUUUUUUCUUGGUUAUCCAUGCCAUGCUUAGAGGACCCAAUGUGUGUAAACAUCAACAGAGAAUUUUGCAAUACAGGAUGACGACAAGCAAAAGAAAAGGAAAACAAAGAAGGAAGAUCAUUUCAUUUUUUGCCAUUAAAAAUUUUCAAGUUUGCUGUUCUGGAUUCGUUAAGAUCGAUAAUGUGUGCAUACCUACAUUAACAACCUCAUGCUCAACGAGGAUAACUUCACGAAGAAGCACAGCCUCAUCGACGUUGACGUCUAUUGGAAAAACCAGCAUACCAACACCUACUACCUCGUCAGCGACAUUUGUUAAUGCAACUGCAGCAUCGGUGGCAGUUUUAAAUGUAACAUCUCCAACAGACAGCUCCAACCGUGUUUUACAGAUAGCACUGCCCGUUGUCCUUACUGUCGUCUGUGUCGCUGUUCUUGUUGUUCUUGGUAUUUUACUGAAGAAACGACGACAGGAAAAAUCAAAAAGGAUACAUCAUUACGAGCAAUGCCAACCUACACCCAUUUCACAAGGACAUACAUACUAUGGACUGGAAACACGGGAGUACGCAGAAAUUGAUGACUUCACACCAGAGCGAGAACAGAUUGCAGAGUAUGCUGACGUCAUUGAUGCGAGAAACACGAAUAACCAUGACGAAAAUUAUUCAAAUUCAGAUAUCAUUUACAACAAUCAUACUUCUGCUGGGAAGAUGGAACCAAGUUUAAAGGUUCCGAUCAAACCGAAUCGAACAGCAUCUUGAAGAACUGGAGAACGUUUUAAAUAAAAAGACGGCGAAGAUGUUUCAAAUGGCACGAAAUUUAAUGCAGAUCUUUGUAAUAUUAUCAUGGGGACUAGACGAAAUAAUUAUGAUAUUGUUGGGUUUUUUAAUUUUUGUUGUUUCAAUAAUACAUUUAUCAUGUUUUAUAUCAUGUUCUCAUAAUAUAUAAUGUUUAUUACCCGGUAUAUAAAAAUUAUAAAUAAGCAUGACAUUGUGUUGGAGGCACUAUCGUUUUAUUGCUGCGAGUCUUCUGAAUUCGUGUUGGUGUGUGUGUGUGUGUGUGUGUGUGUGUGUGUGUGUGAGAGAGAGAGAGAGAGAGAGAGAGAGAGAGAGAGAGAGAGAGAGUGAGAGUGAGAGAGAGAGAGAGAGAGAGACAGAGACAGAGAGAGAGAGACAGAGAGAUACAGACAGAGACAGACAGACAGACACAGAGAGAGAAAGUGAUUGCGCUAGCGUCUGUAUAUGCAUAUACAUGUUCAUAUUGAAUAACAAUCGUUAGGUAUUUCAGCACAAACACGGAUUUGGAAUUAAAGAGUUUAAUGUUAUUGGUUCUUCUGUUGAAGCAUCAUCUCAAUGCGGAUUCUGCAAAUGCACUCUUCCAAACAAAUUCACAAUUGUAAUAAUAUCCAUUCCAGUGGAUGAUUCAGAACAACUUGUUGAAACCAUCAUUUAUUGUUUGAUCUCAGUGACCAAGCGAGCUGCUGCUCAACUUAUUCAGUCCACCUUGUCCCUGUUUGGGAAUAUAAAACAUAAUCAUCUUUUGGAAAGUCAUUCUGAAACUGGGCUUUUUUUAUUCAUACAAGAAAACGUUUUUUCACGAGUUAAAGAUCCCUAUUGGCACCAUCAAUUUUCCUUAUUUAUUUUCGCGAUAUUGGCUGGAUACAUCUGUUGAAAAAUCAUACAAGAUGUAUGGGUUACAGAACACAAAAUUUAUAGUCCAUAUAUACAUGCCUUCUUCGUACAGAGUCCUGUGAUUGGUUUAAACAAUAUUUAUUGCCGUUCAAAAACAAACAAUAGCGGUUUGGGCAUUCGCCAACGGUCGUAAACCUAUAUUAAGACAUUUUACAAUAUGCAUAUUUUACAAGUAAUAAAAAUUAAAUAUAAUGAUUAUAACUUGUUCCAAAUUUACUAACGAAGAGGGGAAACAGAAGGAAGAAAAGGUAAUGACGAUGAACAGGUUAUUAUGUUUAUCAUUAUACCUUAUUUAGAAUUUGACCUCAAAAGGUUUGGGUCACCAAUUAGUAAAAUAUUACAAUUAAGAUAAUAGUAAUCUGACAAAUGAGUAUUUCGAACUACGUUAUACAGUGGACAAAAGCAUACGAAGUGUUCAGCGUCUUCCUUUGGGUGCUCGCAAGCACGAGAUGGAUUGCCACUUACGUCUUGUGCCCGCAAGCACGAGAUGGAUUGCCACUUACGUCUUGUGCCCGCAAGCACGAGAUGGAUUGCCACUUACGUCUUGUAAGAAUUUAUAACCAUUUAAGUUACUAUUACCAAAAGAGAGUUAGCUAUGUAAUAUCUGCUGCAUUAUAUUUGCCAGUAUAAAAGUAAGAUGAUGUAAUCGGAUCAAAUUUCUUAAUUUGGCAGUGAUUUCUAAGCAUUUUUUCUGUAUAUUUGUACAGUAAAUAUAGUAUUUUAUAUUAAUAAUUAGCAAACUAAGAAAGUUAACUUUUUCAUUAUUUAUGAAACCAAACAUAUUAUUUUUAUUAUAAAAAAAUAAAAAUAAAAACAUAUUGCACAAAAAAUUGAAAUAGAAAGAUAUAAUCUAUUUUAAAAAUGCCAUUAUGAAAAAUUUAUUAAAGAAUGGUCCUCAUGGCUCAACCUCUUUAAUGAGUGAGUGAUAGUGAUAUAGAUAUAAUUAAUUAUUAAGAAUAUAUAAUGUAUACAUAUAUACAUGUAGCAAUAUAUAUUAUGACUGAUUUAGUGCAUGGCUUGUUUGGAAAUAGCAGGGUUUCAUGUCUUAUUUAAUUCAAAACAACUUAUUUCCUUCUUCUUAUGCCAUCUAUAUCUGUCUUGCAUUUUUCUUCUUUUUCUUCCUCUUCUCUUUAUUCUUCUUCUUUUAAAUCCUUUUCGGAUUCUCACCCUUCUUAUUCGAUAUUUUCUCUGUUCCCGUUUAAAUCUCGGAUCAUAACAAUAGUUAUAUUAUAGAUCACUGUCCAUGUUCAUCUGUAUGCAUGAGUUGAACUUCACCCUGAAUCAGUUUCUAUUAGUUUUUGUUAUUUUUAACAGUUUGUUUCUGCUUAGACCAUGGAUACAAAUGUAAAGCAGUGAUUCGGGUAUGAUCUGGGACAAUAAAUAUGUAUUAAAAUAAAAUAAUAAUAAAAAAUU